GUAGAUAAAGCGCCUGAAUGAGUUAAGCCGUUGCAAUGAGAUUACGACCGUUUCUUUCGAAUAUUUUUGUCAAGCGUUGUGUGAAUAUCAUUUCUCCUUGUCGUACAUGUACAGCUUUUAAACCGAUUUGUUUUUCAGACCAUGGUUCUUAUUUCGCCUCUAGGAUAUCUUUACGACAACUGCACUUCAGUCCCUAUAUUUUUGCUAUACGUGUAGUUAAUGUACCUCCAUUCGCCGAAUCUGUCACAGAAGGGGAUAUUGUAUGGAAAAAGGCCGUCGGUGAUACAGUAAAUGUAGACGAUUUGGUUGCGGAAAUCGAAACUGACAAAACUAAUGUCCCUGUCCCAGCCCCAUGUUCAGGUGUGAUAACACAAUUUCUUGUUGAAGAUGGGGGAAAAGUUACUGCAGGUCAAGAUAUUUUUAAAAUGGAGGAGGGUGCUGUUCCAACUUCCACGGUUUCUGAAAAGCUACCCCAAGAGACUGCAAAAAAGCAGCCUGAAGAGAGGCCUCUCGUCUCACCUCGAGCUCCUUCACCAGUUACUCCACCUCCAGAAAUAGCUCAAAGUCUUGCAACAACUUCAUCCUUAUCCCCAUCUCUUGAUAGUGCGCGUGCAGAACAGCGUGUAAAGAUGAGCCGUAUGAGGCUUCGGAUCGCCCAACGUCUAAAAGAUGCCCAGAAUACGUGUGCAAUGUUAAGCACAUUUAAUGAGAUUGAUAUGUCAAAUCUUUUCGAACUUAGAAGUCAGUAUAAAGAUAUCUUUUUAAAAAGUCAUGGUGUGAAGUUAGGAAUGAUGUCUACGUUUGCUAAAGCUUCUGCAGUUGCUCUUAUGGAUCAACCAGCCGUCAAUGCUGUCAUUGAUGGCCCGGACAUUAUAUACAGAGAUUAUGUUGAUAUUAGUAUUGCAGUGGCAACCCCUAAGGGUCUUGUUGUUCCUGUGUUGCGCAAUGUUGAGAAAAUGAAUUAUGCUGAUAUUGAACGUGGUAUCAAUGAUUUAGGUGUGAAGGCCCGUGACGGAAAACUGGCUGUUGAAGAUAUGGAUGGAGGGACGUUUACAAUUAGCAACGGUGGUGUGUUUGGCUCAUUAUUUGGUACCCCUAUAAUCAAUCCACCCCAAUCUGCAAUCUUAGGUUUGUAUGGCGUAUUUGAUCGACCGGUUGCACGAAAUGGACAAGUUGUCAUCCGUCCAAUGAUGUAUGUUGCCCUAACUUAUGAUCAUCGUUUGAUCGACGGUCGCGAAGCAGUAACGUUUUUACGUAAAAUCAAGGAAUUUGUUGAGGAUCCACGAACAUACUUCCUUCAGAUUUAAACAAUAUGCUUUUUUAUGAAAAGUAUUUCAAGUACAUUGUUAAUUUUCAAGUUUUAAAAUUUAUUCAAGUUUUCUUUUCAUCUAGCGUUCUAAAAUGCAACUAGUAACAAUUACAAACCUUUUAGUUUUUGUAUACAUAUAUAUAUAUACAAGUAUUCGUAUAGUACUUUCAUAACUUUCAUAUUUCAGUUGUUCAUGAACAGAGUAUGUAUUAUUUGUUCUUAGUUUAUGGAAGAAUAAUCUGUUUCUUAGAGUUUCUGCAAGGUAUUUGUAUAUUUUAUUCUCAAUAAUUAUUUCUGACCCAUUUUUAUGCGCCAGACUCUGUAAUUCUUAAUCGUAUACUUAGAUAUUUAAGUAUAUAUUAUUAGUUCAUCCUUAAUUAAUUUGUCCUUGUAAUGAUUUUAUAGAGUUAUUAAAAUGCAGUAAUCUGGUUGACAGUAGCUCUGAAUUUUUUUCCAUAUUUUUAUUUGAUAUUCAACUACAGUGGGGAUAAUUAGAUAGUUGUACUGUUUAGUCAACUAAAUUUUGUCUUAUCCUCUGUUGCGGCACAAAGUGUAUCGUCUAUUUUGAUGCAGUCAACAAGAACUGAGCCUAAAUAUGCUUGUUAAUUAUUGCAUUUACGUCAUCCAGGUGACUAGUUGUGCCUAUGAAAUUCUAAUCUUUACUCUCUUAAACUUAAAAUCUCUCUUCGUCUUAGAUCUUUCUGGCUUCUGAAAGAUUUCUUGAACUAUUUGCUGUUGUAAUGCUAUCAUAAUUACUUCGUCAACUCAUUCGGCAUUAGUAGUUAUUUUUCUUACAGGUUCUUUAUAAUAACUCAUAUAGUGACAUUAAAAUUGAAUAUAAGGGGAAGAUGCAAUUUGUAACGGCAUUUGGUUUGGAACGAAGACUAACUUUCAAGUAUUCAAAUUAUAUUCAUAAAAGACGUAUUCCUUAAUGUAUUUUUUUAAAUAGUACUCAUUUGGUUGAUAUCUGAGAUUAGUUACUCAGUGUCAGUCAAUAAAUCGAGCAUUCUGAAAAGUGUUGUACCUGUUCUCGCCUACAGAAUUAACAUGUUAACCUGAAAAUCAAGAAUAACUCAUUUCUUCGGUCAACUUUAAUGUUUAUUCUGAUAGUUUUCCUUUAUUUCGUAGCUCAUUAACGCUUCAUACAAGAUUUAUCCUGUAUAAAGAAAUUGUACAACAACGUUCUGU